AUGUCGUUGGUUGUUGCGCACCGAGUACGGGUGCAGAUGCAGUCCGAUCGAAAGAACAAACUCGCCAUCAUCUACCGCAACUGCGGUGACCAUGAGCAACCGAAUGUUAUAAAAAAGCAUAACGUAUCGGCAGAACUGGCGGAGAUUCUUUGCCCAGCAUGCGGGCUCUACUACACGCAGCAUAAGACACAUCGACCUCCUCAAGUUGUUCAACAUAAUCGUGUUUCACUGAGAUUGAACCAGGACCGUCAAAUUGGAAACCCAUUCGAACGCGAAAUCUGUCCUGUAUUAUGGGGAGCGACUUUGUGA